AACAAUCCCGACUUAGCUGCAUCUUUAUUUCUCAUUCAGAAUAUGUAACAAUUCCGAUCAAACGACAUGGUCAUCUGACGACCGGUCGUACUUGUAGUACCCCAUUUUUCAUCUUUCAAUUUGUGCUGUCCAAUUUAUUGAUUUUAUGAUAUUAUUUUACUUCUGAUACCAUAUUUCUGAUGUCUCAUUGAUCUCAUCGGUUCACAAUUUUUUGCCGCUUUUCUAUUGCUCAAUAUUUUCUGAUAUUUUAUAUUUGAUGACAAAUUAAUUUACUGAUAUGCACUGCAUUUGAUUCAAGAUAUUAUUAUGAAAAGCACUUCCUGCACUUUUUUCCAUUCACUUAAUCCCUCUCUACUUUAGCUGAAGAUUCAAUUGCGUCUUAAGAUAUGCCUGGACCCAUGAACGAGCUAAACAACGAGAGCUACAAAUACCUGAGGAGUGUCGGAAACGACUGGCAGUUCAACGUUGAGGACGUUCACCCCAAGAUGCUCCAACGACUCUACAAGAGAUUCGACACCUUCGACCUCGACAGUGACGGCAAGAUGAUGAUGGAAGAGAUCCUCUACUGGCCCGACAGGAUGAGGCAGUUGGUCAACGCUACUGACGAACAGGUCGAGAAGAUGAGAGAGGCUGUCCACAUUUUCUUCCUCAACAAAGGAGUAGAUCCAGUAAAGGGCCUGACUCGAGAGGACUGGGUAGAGGCCAACAGGGUCUUCUCUGAGGCCGAGAGAGAAAGGGAACGACGUGGCGAACCCUCCAUGAUUGCCCUACUCUCCAACGCCUACUACGAUGUCCUGGAUGAUGACGGUGAUGGUACCGUCGACAUUGCAGAGCUCAAGACCAUGAUGAAAGCCUUUGAUGUGCCCCAAGAGGCUGCUUAUACCUUCUUCGAGAAGGCUGACACUGACAAGAGUGGACGACUGGAACGAUCAGAGCUGGUGCAUCUCUUCAGAAAGUUCUGGAUGGAGCCCUACGAUCCCCAGUGGGAUGGUGUUUACGGAUACAAAUACUGAACAAUCCCGACUUAGCUGCAUCUUUAUUUCUCAUUCAGAAUAUGUAACAAUUCCGAUCAAACGACAUGGUCAUCUGACGACCGGUCGUACUUGUAGUACCCCAUUUUUCAUCUUUCAAUUUGUGCUGUCCAAUUUAUUGAUUUUAUGAUAUUAUUUUACUUUUGAU